GGUCGUGUCCCACCGAGUUUGCGACCGUCGUAUAUAUUCAGUUAUAUACCAAUAUUUAUAAAGUAAUAAAAAAAAAGUAAAAUAUUAAAUUCGUGAAUAUAUUUAUUUUAAUAUCAGCUAGGCAUGUGCCAGGGACUUGGUUAGAGGCGAGGUGUGCGUAAUAAGAAACAUGUUUCUGCUGUGGUGGGCCCUGUCGCUGCUGGUGGCGGCAUCAGGCGCGAGCGAGGCCACCGACCCUCAAGGCUUGCUGGAUACUGGUACAAUUUUGGAGAUCAACGAAGCGGAAUACUCUGUGUUUGUUUCGAAAUGGACGGAAUGCACUACCAAUGCCGAAGAACACGACAGGGCUAUCGAGAGAUACAACACGCGAGUUGAAGAAGACUCCCUGGUGCACACACCCCGACUCGGACUUCAAAGACGUCAAGUGCAAUGUCGUCGGAAGGACGGACAGAUCGUAGAACCCAUGUAUUGUGGUAACGCGAUAUCUCACAUCGGCACCACCCGCGUGUGUGUAAUGCGUGAGGACUGCUCGCUGGCCGAGUGGCUGCCGUGGCGGCCCCGGGCAGACGGCGCGCUGGUCAGGACUAGGAGACUGCGGCGACUUGCACAAGGCGGUGGCAACGAGUGUGAGGUAGUAGAAGAAGUACGUCCCGCGGCUCUGGAGGCCAGCGCACAUUGGACGCCGGGACCCUGGGGUCGGUGCCGUGUAGCUGUCGCACAACCCGCUACUCCACCGCCCUCUGAUGACGAUGACGACGCGGAAGACAGUGACGCGCUGUACGAUGAGGAUGAAGAGGCUGAUGAGAUGGACCGUGCGGGGGCAGGCGACGCUAGCUGCGGGGGCGGAGUGCAACGUCGUGACGUCAGUUGCGUGCGCGCAGACGGGCGAGCGCUGCAUCCCGCGCAAUGCGCGCACGCGCCCAUGCCUACACUCGUACAGCCUUGCGAGGUUCCAUGCCCCCGUGACUGUGAAGUAGGAGAGUGGGGGGAAUGGGGCGCAUGCCAACCUAUCGACGGAUGUCCACUUUACCCCGUACAGGAACUGACUGCAACCGGAUACAGCGUGCGUCGACGUCGCGUGACAUCAGCGGAGUCUGGCGGUGGCGCAAACUGCCCUCCUCUAGAGGAGAAAAGGACAUGUACGAUGCCACGCUGCGCAUCCUGGAAGGCACUGCCGUGGGGCCCCUGUGUGUUAAGUCAGCCUCAUUCUACUUGCGGCCCGGGCAGACGCAUGCGCGAGCUUCAAUGUGUCGGCCAUGAUGGAAAAGAAGCGCAGCGCGCAUGGUGCAGCGGUAGCAGCACACCGGCGCGCACGGAGCGGUGCCGUAUCGCAUGCCCCGGAGACUGUGUGGUGUCCGCCUGGUCGGCCUGGUCGCCCUGUACGGCACCUUGCGCUGCGCCCUCACGGCCCAGACCUACUAGAACACGCACACGACAGAUCAUUGCCCAUGCAUCGCCUAACGGCUGGCCGUGUCCAACCGAGGACCAACUGAUCCAAAACGAAACGUGCAACAACCACGCUUGUGCCACUUACUCCUGGCUCGCGACGCCCUGGGGACCAUGUGAGAGACGUCACCAGGACUACAUUCCUGUUACCAACUACACUGAUUUACAGGAGGGUGAACCGUACAAUGAAAGUGAUGAAGAGGAGCCGUGUGUGGAGGAAGGCCAGAUCACUAGGAACGUUAUGUGUGUCCAGAACAAUGCUGAUGUCGUCCGUGACUCCUUGUGUUUACCAUUACGCCGACCUCAAGCCCGUCGUGCCUGCACAUUGAGAUGUCGCCGGGGCUGCAGGGUCGAAGCAUGGAUGCCGUGGUCGCCGUGCCCUAAUACUUGUGAACCAGGGAAGCAAGUUCGCGUCCGCAACGUGCAUGGCGGUCCGAACUGUGGCGCAGUACAGGAGGUGCGCGACUGCCCUGUACCGCCGUCGUGCCGUGCGCGUGAAGCGGCAUGGGUCGCUGGCGAGUGGAGCACUUGCCGACUGCCGCCUGGGCAAAGAUGUGGUCUCGGGUAUCGGCUUAGAAGCAUUUGGUGUGGUUCUGACUCGCAUCGUGUGGAGGCGGGCGCAUGCGCCGGGCAGCUGGUGCCGCCUAGCGUGGCCGCUUGCAUUGUCACCUGUGACCGCAUGGUCCCACUCACCUGUGAUGUUAUUUGCGAAGACCCGUUGAAAUAUCUCGAUGCAUCUGACCCAGAUGUUCCAAUCUGUGUUUGCAAGACGGUCACUUUGGAGCUUCUGCCCGCUGAUUCCGAUUGUAUUCUGCCUCCAGGAUUGGAGUGCGGAGAAGGAAGGGCCUUGAGAGCCGCUCGCUGCAUGGCCAAAGGCCGGGAUGUCCCUAUGGACGUGUGCAAGAAAUAUCAUCCGCUUACUGGUCCGCGCCGUGUCCGCGAGGCGUCGACCGACGGAUUCGCCUACGACGAGGAGUUCCCAACGCUAGUGCGGGGCGCGUGCAGUGUGCGGUGUGCACGUGACUGCGCCGCCGGCCCCUGGGCGCCUUGGGGCGUUUGCUCCGCUGAGCCUGGCUCACGUGCCGCGUUCAGAUUCCGUACGAGGGAGGUUAUAGAGGAGGGAUCUGCGGGAGGUCGUGAGUGCGGCGCUACAUUGCAGCGCGCUACUUGCGUGCUGCCGGAGCCAGCAUGGCACGUCGGCCAGUGGUCGGUGUGCACGCCCCAGCAGGCGCUCUGCGGUCGCGCCAUCAUCAACAGAACCGUCAUCUGUCAAGACUCUAACGGCGUGAAGCUCGACGACUCUGAAUGCGUGGUGGGAGGCGCAGGACAGCCGGCAGCGCGCGAGGCGACCUGCCGCGCUCCCUGCCCAGCUGACUGCGUCGUCAGCGCCUGGUCUGAGUGGAGUCCUUGCGAACAGACAAAGUGGGGUGGUCGUCGGGAUCGCACUCGCGUGGUACUCCGUCCGGCGGAUGAAGGAGGUGCGCCCUGUCCGCACCUAGUGGGCGGAGAGCCCUGCGCGCCUCACACGUACUCCUGGCAUGUAGCUCCCUGGGACGACUGCCAACCUCUAGGUGGUUCUCCGUGUGGCGAAGGAACAAAGAGGAGAUCUGUUCGAUGCUUACGCAGUGACGGAGUAUUUGUUAAUGACACAUUCUGUCCUAAUGCUACUGCAACGGAGGCGCGCGAGUCGUGGUGCUACGUGCCGUGCGGCGUGGACUGCGAGCUGGGCGAGUGGAGCGCCUGGGACACGGCCGCUUGCGCGUGCGGCGACGCAACUUUCGCACGACACAUGCGACGCACUAGACAAAGACUGACUGCUGCGGUAUGGCCGGGACGGGCGUGUCCGCCGACUGAGCAGCGAGCGCCCUGCCCACGCGAGCCCUGCCUGCGACUCAUCGCAAGACCUUCGCUCGGCUGCCACGUUCAGACAUCAACCGGUGAGGAAGCGGACAACGCGUGCGGCUGGGGGGUGAAGGUGUCGUACGCGCGCUGCGAGCUGGGCGGUGCGGGGGGCACCGUGGAAGCGUACUUGGAGCCCUGGCGCUGCGCCGCCGCACUGCCCGGCCGUAUUACCGCCCCACCGCUGCACUAUCAAGAGGACGAAACAUGUGAGGUGGAGUGCGGCUGCAAGGAAUCUGAGCUCGGUCAACCGGGGCCGUGGGGAGCGUGGGGCCCGUGUCGUGGCGGCUCGCGCUCGCGCACGCGUCAACUGCUCGUACCGCCUUCCAGACCCUGUAGAACAUCCUCCAGAUAUGUAACAAUCGAGUGGGCGAACUGCACCGGAUCCCCCGACGAGAUCUCUGACCUGCUGUCCGUAGACCGGGAUGAGAAGCCGCGCCGCGCUUGGAUGGACCGCGCCAGCUACCACGACGGCUAUAUUGAGGGCAGCGGGUCUCUGCUGCUGGCCGUGUGGGUCGCGAGUAUGGUGCUGCUGUCUUGUGGCACUUACAUGUUCUAUCGCGGAUUAGUGAGGUGCAUGAAAAGACUGGAUUCGAAGAGCAUCGCGAAGGUGUAAGCGUAUUAAACAUGCGACAGCUUUUGAAUCCGCGCCAUCGCCAUCGCUGGCUGAAUAUCCUCGAAACAUAUGAAAAUGCCAAGGAUUUUGUUAUUUAGAAGUGGUUACUUUAUUAUAUUACUGUAUUUAUAAUAUUUAUGUUGUUUUAUCAGUCAAGUUUGUUGUUCUAUUUACUAUUAUUUUUAUAAAAUUUUUAGACAUUUUGUAGCAAUUAAUA